UGUACUGGACGCACGUUAUUUUUUCCCUGAUAAAGCUACACUGAGAACAACAAAUCUGUGUUGAACUCAGCAGGAGGAGAGCUAGUAACGUUAGCUGUUCGGAGCCGGUGGGCAGCACAGUACUGCUUGGAUAAAUAACGAAGAUACGAAUGUUAACGGAGGUGCCAUUGAGUUAUUAAUAUGAGGCGUUCAUAGGCGAAGACCAAUCAGUGACGAGGGAGGUGCAACGGCACUUAAAAAGAGAGUUUGUUUGAUAAAUAUUCACCAUUUCCACCCGACUCCGGAUCACUGAACACAGAGGGACACUCAGCACUCAGCAACAGAUACGUGUGUCUGAGAUGAAGAACUCAAUUCAGUCCGUCCUCCUUCUCAUCGCUGUGCUCAUGUCAACAACAGGGGCAGCAGAGGUGAUAUAUGCUCGGGUGAACGAGACGGUUUCCCUUAGGCCAGUGGGGAAUAAUUUAAAUACAUAUUUGUACUGGUUCUUUGGUAGAGUGGAUGGCCUUCAACUUGCCUGGUCCAAUAACCUUGGCGGAAAGGGGACCUCUGAAGAUCCACUCUGGAAAGACAGAUUAUCCUGGUCUGGCAACUCACUGAUCAUCAAAAACAUCCAACAACAAAACUUUGGGACUUUUUUCUUUAAACAGUCAGAACCAGCUAAUAUCAUUGAAUAUAAACUACUCAAACUCACUGUGACUGUGAACCCACCGUCUCCUCUGUUGCUGCCUGGGUACAAACUGUCUCUGUCCUGCAAUGCAGAGACUGUUCAGGGUCAAAAUACACCAGUGAUACACUGGCUGAAUCCUCAGCAAGUGAAAGUGGCGAAUAACCAAGGACAAUUCACCGUAACAAGCCAAGACACUGGCCAGUGGACCUGUGUUGUGACACAUGAUAAAAAAGAGAAAAAGGCCACAGUUUCUGUCACGGUUGUGGACCUCUCUCCAGCUCCUUUACAUCCUCUGUAUACGUCUAAAUCCUGGCCUCUCAAGGUCCCCUGUUCCUUUCUUGCUCACAUCUCCUGGCAACAAAUCACAGCUAAGGGCAUCCAGGAAGUUCUCUGGGACUUUGUCCCUAGAUCAGGCUCGAGCCCACAGAGGCUCUUCAACCUCUCUCUGGAGAAUCCACUGACCUGGAAGCCAGACCAAAACAGAGGACUGCGCCCUGUACCAGACCCUCAGAAAGGAUAUCUGUCUUUAACCAGAAAUCGAGGGAGAGAAGACGACAGUGGAAAUUAUCAGUGCGCCCUGAAAUUUAAAAAUGGUGCGACUCUGAAGAGGACUGUGCACGUAGAGGUGCUGCAAAUCAUCUCCUCCCCAGGAACAGAGUUAAUCUCUGGCCAGCAGCUCAACCUGACCUGCAGCAUCGGCCAUCCGCUGCCCUCUGACCUGGAAGUGAAAUGGUUCCCUCCUGAACAAUCGCUCCUGUCGUCUCUGACAUCUGACCGUCACCCCGCCCAUCUCAUCAUCCCGGAAGUGGGGACAGGAGGUGGCGGAAAGUGGAGGUGUGAGCUGUGGCGGAACAGCACACGGCUGACGUCGGCUGACAUAACGCUGAAAAUCGAACCCAAACUGAGUGUGUGGAUGCUGGUGGUCAUAUGCAGCGUCACAUCCAUCGUGAUCCUCCUCCUCAUCCUCGUUUUCAUCAUCUGCCGACGCAGACAACGGAAGACGAGACACCCAAGGCGUCAACUCUGCCAAUGCAAAACCCCCAAGCCCAAAGGCUUCUACAGAACAUAAUAUCUCCCACAAAGACAUUUUCAAGAAGACAUCGCAACCAAUUGGAUUUCUGUCCAGAUAAGAUGGAUUUUCUUUUCUGUCACAUCUACUAAACUGUGAAACUGUCUGAAAACAAA